CUACGAACCUACAACUCCGGACUUUUCGGGCAUGUUCCCGGAUGCGAUCUCGGUCAACAGCACCCCUGCCUGGGUUCACGGCGAACCUACACCGCACUCACUCGACACGACACCAGAUACAACAAACAACACCCAACAACCGGCUCUGCAGCAAUAUCCCUCACCCUGGGGAGGUAAUACCGACGCGCCUGAUCCUCGCUUGGUCCUAAACAACAAUGGACAAGUCGAGUAUUGUUCAGUUGACCCGGAAUUUAUGGGCCUUUACUACGAUCUCAUACAAGAUUGCGUGUCACUACACCUCUGGCAACAACAGCUAAAGGAGGAUCUCGACACCAACCGCCACUUACUAGCAAAUCGUAUCGCACACUAUCUAGCCAUAGUACUGUCAAGAAUUCCGAGCGAACUAGAACGCCAAGGAGCCAUCCGCGUGUAUCUUAAACAACACAUACAUGACACCUACAUCACCGGUGAUUCUAAGCUCCACGCUCUUAUACAUAGUUACUACAAUACCUUGUCAUCUACAAAUACGUUUGCUUUCGCCCAGGACGUGCGUCCUUAAG